AAGACUGAGCCUAGAAGUCAUUGAAACCCACGAGUGAUGGGCGCAAUAGAAAAAGCCGAAAUGCUAGCUGAAAAGCGCAGUCCGAAUUGGAGAGAAGGGUUCAUUGUGUCGGCGAAGAACGGAAAAGAGGAGACUAGAUGCCAUGGACCGUAUGGACGCCGAUAUGAUGCAGACGGAGGAAACCGCCGCGACGGCGCCGCACCAGCAUGGUCAAAAAGAAGUCGGGAUGGAGCUGCUCACAAUGGCUCGCAACCUUAUCGAUCAAGGCAAGCCUUCUCAGGCUCUUCAAGCGAUUGUGAUGGCCAUGAGAACUAGAGGUGGUGAUGAAGCUGUAUUUCAGUCGUUAUACCGUGCUCGUGAAGUCUACAGAACUAGAAUGCAAGAAAACACUGCAGUUGAUCAGCUGGCUUCUUUGUUUGCCGAGUGUGCAAUAGCUGAAGCCCAGCCUUUAAAAGCUGAACCAUUACCAUGCAACCUUAACUGUCCGUCCAUUGCAUCAGAUGCUCAUGGGACUUCUAUACUUGCUGAAACAGGCAGAAUGCAAAUUGUAUUGGAUGCAUUCUCUGAUGGAAGCAGCUUUAUCUGUUUACAUUGUGGUGGUCUUGUUAGUAAUCAUCGCAAAGACGAGCACUAUGCAUACUGGUGCGGCAAUAUGUGAUGUGCUGGUACAUGGAGUCCAUAUUUGCUCACUUUAUAUACUUCUUCCAAUGCAUGUAAUGAGACUCAUACUUCUCCUAUCACUCUGUCUGCAUUCUGGAUAUGGGGACAACUGCUGUUGGUGUACCAAUGACAAUCAGUACCAAGCCAAUUCUUCAUUGCCCGAUAUAUAGGGUUUUAUAGUCAUGCAUCAAUCAAAAGUGAGCAAAUCUGUUCCUUUCCUAUGAGUUAGAAUACUGUACUCCUCCUGUGAUGAUGUUUUUUUUCAACAGAACAAAAUAAGUUAAAAUUUGAUUGAGUGAACAAUGAUGUACCAAAUCAGUGUAUCAUAUGUCUUACUGUUCUGAAGUUUGAAAAUUGUUGCCUUUUUCUAUUAA